AAAGCGGAGUGCGGACCUCCCCUCCCCUCCCCCGCGGGCCGGGCUCCCGCAGCAGCUCGGAGCAGGCGGCGGCGGGCAGCCAGCGAGGAGCGAGCCCGGGCGUCCCGCCGCGCCCAGCCCUGCCCAGCCCAGCCCAGGACGCCGGGGCAGAGAGAGCCGCAGCGAGCCGGGCGGGCCGGAGCGCGCCCGCUGCCCAGAGCCAUGGCCGAGACUAGUUUCAAAUUGUUCACAUGUGCUGGUGUCCUCUGUUGCUUGAUAUGGAAUGGAUUUGCCCAGCAAGGUGGAAGCGACUGUAUAAAAGCUAAUGCAAAGUCAUGUGGGGAAUGUAUACAAGCAGGACCAAACUGUGGCUGGUGUAAAAAAACAGACUUUUUGCAAGAAGGAGAGCCAACAUCUGCCCGGUGUGAUGACUUGGCAGCACUGAAGAGUAAAGGCUGCCCUCUGGAAGAUAUAGAAAAUCCCAGAGGCAACAAACAGCUGCUCGAAAAUAGAGAAGUAACAAAUCGUAAGAAAGGUGCUGCAGAGAAGCUGAGACCAGAAGCCAUUACACAAAUUCAGCCACAGAAAUUAUCACUGCUUCUAAGAGUUGGGGAACCCCAGACAUUUUCAUUAAAAUUCAAGAGAGCUGAAGACUACCCCAUUGACCUUUAUUAUCUUAUGGACCUCUCCUAUUCUAUGAAAGAUGAUUUAGAGAAUGUGAAAAGUCUCGGAACCGCUCUGAUGUUAGAGAUGGAAAAAAUAACUUCAGACUUUCGGAUUGGCUUUGGCUCUUUUGUGGAGAAAACUGUGAUGCCUUAUAUAAGUACAACCCCAGCCAAGCUCAGAAAUCCUUGCACAGGGGACCAGAACUGUACAAGUCCAUUUAGCUAUAAAAAUGUACUCAGCCUUACCAGUGAAGGAAACAAAUUCAAUGAACUUGUAGGCAAACAGCACAUUUCUGGGAACUUAGAUUCUCCUGAAGGUGGAUUUGAUGCAAUAAUGCAGGUUGCAGUUUGUGGGGAACAAAUUGGCUGGAGGAAUGUUACAAGACUAUUAGUGUUUUCCACGGAUGCUGGAUUCCACUUCGCAGGAGAUGGCAAACUUGGUGGAAUUGUUCUGCCAAAUGAUGGGAAAUGUCAUCUGGAAAAUAACGUGUACACAAUGAGCCACUAUUAUGAUUAUCCCUCUAUUGCUCAUCUGGUACAGAAACUCAGUGAGAACAAUAUUCAGACAAUAUUUGCUGUUACUGAAGAGUUUCAAGCAGUCUAUAAGGAACUGAAAAAUCUGAUACCAAAAUCAGCAGUGGGGACAUUGUCUUCAAAUUCCAGCAAUGUGAUUCAGCUGAUCAUUGAUGCAUACAAUUCUCUUUCUUCAGAGGUUAUCCUGGAAAAUACUAAGCUACCAAAAGGAGUGACAAUCAGUUACAAGUCUUUCUGCAAGAAUGGAGUGAAUGGCACACAAGAAGAAGGAAGGAAGUGUUCUAACAUUUCAAUUGGAGAUGAGGUUAUAUUUGAGAUUAAUAUAACAGCUAAUGAAUGUCCAAAGAAAGAGCAAAACGAAACUAUUAAGAUUAAACCACUGGGAUUCACUGAAGAACUGGAAAUUAAUCUCCAGUUCAUCUGUGAGUGUCAGUGUCAAAGUGAAGGAGAACCUAAUAGUCCAGCCUGCCAUGCAGGAAAUGGAACAUUUGAAUGUGGUGCGUGCAGAUGUAAUGAAGGACGUAUUGGAAGACUAUGUGAAUGUAGCACAGAUGAAGUAAAUAGUGAGGAUAUGGAUGCUUACUGCAGGAGGGAGAACAGCACAGAAAUCUGCAGUAACAAUGGAGAAUGCAUUUGUGGACAAUGCGUGUGCAAGAAAAGGGAAAACACCAAUGAGGUGUAUUCUGGCAAAUACUGUGAAUGUGACAACUUCAACUGUGAUCGAUCAAAUGGUUUAAUCUGUGGAGGAAAUGGGAUCUGUAAGUGCAGAGUGUGCGAGUGUUUCCCCAACUUCACUGGCAGCGCCUGUGACUGUUCCUUGGAUACUGCACCGUGUAUGGCAUCUAAUGGGCAGAUUUGCAAUGGAAGAGGAACCUGUGAAUGUGGCACCUGUAACUGUACAGAUCCCAAAUUCCAAGGCCCCACAUGUGAAAUGUGUCAGACUUGCGUCGGUGUCUGUGCAGAGCACAAGGACUGUGUUCAGUGCAGAGCUUUUGAUAAGGGAGAGAAGAAGGAGACGUGUUCCCAGGAAUGUAUGCAUUUCAACAUGACGCGCGUGGAGAGCCGGGACAAGCUGCCGCAGCCCGGCCAGCCCGAUCCCCUGUCUCACUGCAAAGAGAAGGAUGUUGAUGACUGCUGGUUCUACUUCACUUACUCUGUCAACUCAAAUGGUGAAGCCAAUGUCCACGUGGUGGAGACCCCAGAGUGCCCCAGCGGUCCUGACAUCAUUCCCAUUGUAGCCGGUGUGGUUGCUGGAAUUGUUCUUAUUGGACUUGCAUUAUUAUUGAUUUGGAAACUACUAAUGAUCAUUCAUGACAGAAGAGAAUUUGCUAAAUUUGAAAAGGAGAAAAUGAAUGCCAAGUGGGAUACGCAAGAAAAUCCAAUAUACAAGAGCCCUAUUAACAAUUUCAAGAAUCCAAACUAUGGACGUAAAGCUGGUCUCUAAGUCUCAGGUGAAAAUCCUAUUUACAAGAGUGCAGUGACAACUGUGGUCAAUCCUAAAUAUGAGGGAAAAUGAGCACUGCUUGUAUAACUUCACAACACUGUAUGCAGCAUAGCAACUUUUGUAGUCACAAUAAGAUAGAUUUAGGGCAAACUGCAGUGAUUUUACUAAUUCAUUACAUAUAGGUUUGUUUUCCUGUGUGAAAAUGUACCAUAUGUAAUUUUUUUUUUUAAUUUUUUUUACAUUUUUUUUUCUUUUGGUUUGUUUUUGUUUUGUGUUUUUUUUUUUGCAAAUAAGAGUACUUGGUGCCAGAGGUUGGACAAAAAAACUUGAGACUAUGUAGCCUAGUCAGCCCAGGAUCACAUGGUGCCUUUCUGACCUUUCCCAUUCCCAUGCUGUGAAUCCAGGUCUUGUGCAGGGCGUGAUGCUGCAUGGCAUGACUGGGAGGGAAGGGGUUAAAGCAAUCAGCAUGAGGGCUCUGCCUAGCCAUUUAGUAUUAAACUUUUUAGCUUUACAGGGAAAUCAGGGCUUGAGUUUGCAGAUGUAAUUAAACUCAUGUAGCAUGGAGCUGGUGGUUAAUUGGUCUUUGUCGUGCUAGAGGUAUGAUUAAGUAUUUGGUAAGUUGAGCUGGAAGGGAGCAGUGUAAAAGACUGAAAAGCGUGUGCAUACUUACCUUUGAUUUUUAAGUUGCCUAUUGCCAGGUUAUGGUUAAAAGGAAAGGUUUUGAGAAGAAUGUUGAGAAGGAAAAAAUAGCUUUAAAACAUGUGCCAUUACUGAAGAAGUUGCUGACCAGUAACUUGCUUAGUUUUUCUUUGUAAAUUCAAGCCCUGGGUGGCAGUAUCAUGAAGUACCUUACCAAGACAUCCUCAGAUCACCUAAGGGCCUUACGUGAUGCUGUGUCUUUAUUCUGUAAUGUUUCUUUGCUUUCAAGCCUGGUGCUUCGUCACCUUCUAAUCUUCCUAACGUAUUUGGUUGCGAUACUUUUUGUAAUAUUUUUGUAUCAACACAAGCUUUUUUUCCUUGUUUGUUUUUUUGAGCAGUCUUAGCUGUAAAUUUGCCUUUACCCCGUAGCUAAGAUUGCAUAGUUUGUCAUAUGACGAGUCACACAUCAUUCUUGACAUGUGCCAUGUAUAUUUGCCUCUGACCAUUCAAACUGCAUCAUAGUCAUAUUCUUGUUUUAAGUGCCUUUUUAUUUUAACAGAUGUUCACUUUUUACAGUGCUAUUACUGAAGUUAUUUAUUAAAUAAAAGUACCUUAAAAUA